GGUCGUGGCCUGCUGCUGCUCGCUGCGCUCCCAAAGCUCGUCGCAGUUUGAGUCAAUCACCCAAAGUGUUAACAUCGCGAAGCCCACGCCUGUCCGCUAUUUCGCCUCAUUUUGCAAGAAAUUAACGCAAGGAACCUCCCAAAACCAGACUAAAAAUGUACGGUAAUCGUCAACCAUCAGCAGGAGGGUUCCGCGGUGGACGUCCAGGCGGUGGCGCUGGAGGCGGCGGUGGUGGCUUCCGCGGGGGUGAUCGUCCCUCGGGCGGAUUUGGAGGCGGCGGCGGCUUCGGAGGAGGAGCCAACCGGGGUUCGUUUGGCGAUCGGCAGGCCAACAACGGAGCCAACCUGCGCUCGAUCAAGUGGACCAGCGGCGAUCUGACGCCGUUCGAGAAGAACUUUUACAAGCCGUCGGAGCAGAUUAUGGCCCUGUCGGAGACGGAUUUCAACGCGUACCUGGCCAAGCUGGAGAUUACGCUGAAGGGACGAGAGAUCCCGAGGCCGUGCAUUACGUUUGGGGACUGUGGUCUGCCGGAUUAUAUUCUGGAGGAGACCGUCAAGCAGGGCUUCACUAAGCCGACUGCCAUACAGGCCCAGGGAAUGCCAAUUGCGAUGACUGGCCGCGACAUGGUCGGAAUCGCCCAGACCGGAUCGGGUAAAACGCUAGCGUACGUUGCGCCGGCUUUGGUCCACAUCCAGCACCAGGAAACGGUUCACCGUGGGGAUGGUCCGAUCGCUUUGAUUCUGGCCCCGACACGUGAGUUGGCCCAGCAGAUCCAGCAGGUGGCGAACGAUUUUGGCCAGCGGACCAACACCAACAAUACGUGCGUGUUUGGUGGUGCCCCGAAGGGACCGCAAAUCCGUGAUCUGGAACGCGGAGCGGAGAUUGUGAUUGCCACCCCCGGUCGGUUGAUCGAUUUCCUCGAGCGAGGAAUCACGAACCUGCGACGGUGCACCUACCUGGUGCUUGACGAAGCAGACCGGAUGUUGGACAUGGGCUUCGAGCCUCAAAUACGCAAGAUUAUGGGCCAAAUCCGUCCGGAUCGCCAGGUGCUCAUGUGGUCCGCCACGUGGCCCAAGGAAGUCCGCAACUUGGCGGAGGAAUUCCUCAACGAUUACAUCCAGAUCAACAUCGGUUCGCUGAACCUGUCCGCCAACCACAACAUCCUGCAAAUCGUGGACGUUUGCGAGGACUACGAGAAGGACCAAAAGCUGAUGAAGCUGCUGACGGAAAUCUCGGCCGAGGCCGAAACCAAGACGAUCGUGUUCGUCGAAACCAAGCGCCGCGUCGACGACAUCACCCGCAGCAUCUGCCGGAACGGGUGGCGCGCGGUUUCAAUCCACGGUGACAAGUCCCAACAGGAGCGGGACUACGUACUGAAUGCAUUCCGAAACGGACGCCAGGGCAUCCUGGUGGCCACCGACGUUGCCGCACGUGGGCUGGACGUCGAAGACGUAAAGUUCGUAAUCAAUUACGACUACCCGUCGAACUCGGAAGACUACGUCCACCGCAUCGGACGUACUGGUCGCUCGAACAACACCGGCACCGCGUACACGCUGUUCACCAACUCGAACGCGAACAAGGCGGGCGACCUCAUCAAUGUGCUGCGCGAAGCGAACCAGGUUAUCAACCCGAAGCUGGUCGAGAUGACCAAGCACGGAAUGCGCGGCGGAGGUCGCAGCCGCUACGGCAAUAACAACCGGUACGGCCAGAACCGUCCCCCGCGUGACAACAACGGCUACGGUGGCCAGCGCAACGACGGAGGAAACCGAUUUGGAGCGGGUGGCAACAAGUUCGGCGGUGGAGGUGGUGGUGGAGCAGGCAACGGUUACGGUCAACAGCGCGACCAGGGUAACCGUAUGGCCAACGGAUCGGGACCGCCUCGACCGAGCCGAUUCUCGGCCGCACCUCCCUCGGGGCCGUCCUCGUACGGAGGCUCGAACGGAUCGGCCGGAGGUGGCUACGGAGCCAAGAGCGGUGGCUACCAGAAUGGCGGCGGUGCCAGCAACGGAAGUGCCGCACCCGCCAACGGAUACGGCUCGUACAAACCGUACAGCUCUGCCCCUCCCAGCCAAUCGGCGGCACCGGCUAACGGAGCGGCCCCGUCCUACGGAGCGUACCCACGACCUGCACCUGCAGUAGCGUCCUACCAGUUUUCCUCGAUGCCCCCGCAGGGCGGACAGGCGUUCGCGUUUCCCCCGCCACCAGUGGCCAUGAACUAAAUACCUGCUUUUAUCAUCCCCCUUGACUUUGUGAAAAACCUACACAAAACAUUCUUAUCUCAUUGAUUCUUUUUUGAGAAAUCAAAUAUUUUCAUCCCUAACUCAUACUAGCAGAAUGAACGUGAGUGAAUAUGAUUAGUUUUAACGGAAACAAACAACAACACACACACAUUUACAAAAAAAAAAACAUAAACGGUAAAACUACACAAAAACAAACAAACAAACAUUAGGAUUAAGCGCGUCCUAUUUAUUCAAUUGAUUGUUACUAGCAGGUACCGGUAGAGUGCCACAACAAAAAAAGGAAUAUCAGCGGGGUGUGAGAACUCUUUUACUUUUUCUUUUUUUUGUAAUUACUCGAUACGAUUGAUUACGUAAAUGUGAUAUAUAUAUUUGUAGCACAUAACACCCGUCACCACCCCCCCGUAACAAGAAAUAACUAGCACCUUUCUUGUAUGAAGAGAAAUCAACAUCAAAACAAUGAAUUUUGUAUUUAUUUCGUUCCCAAGUGGAGCCUGCUUCUGCGCGCUAACACGCAGAUCAUCAUAAAUUUUAGAACGAAUGUGAACGACGCGGAAUGAAUUUUUGGAAAAAAAAAACCUGAUUGAAAGUGUGAAUUCUCUUGUGUAGGCAAUAAAAUGAAGCGUAUAUAUUAUAAUAUUCUCUUUAACUCAUUGCUAAACGGAAGCACUGUAUGAUUAAAACUUAAGGUUAAACCGUAACAGACGUGUGCGAGAAACGUGGGUGGGGCGUUGAAUAGCGAAAAGUAUUACAAUACACUACAGGAAAACCCGCGACCCACCCAGUCGCGUGUCGUGCACCUUAACUACGUGUAAAUUUGUCUCCAGAUGUGUGGGCCAAACAGAGGAAGGACAAUUGCGCCUACCAUCUUUUUACUAACAUCCUCCCCCAUAUUGAUUAAAACAUUCUUCUCCCAGCAGAAAAACAGAAAAUGUGUGUGUUGUACGUAGGCAACUCUGAACUGUGUAAUUUGUUUUGCCGGAUGUGAUUUUCGGUCGAAUGAAUGGCUACUGUUUUAGAGUGGAAAUGGAUAUAGUACAAUAAAAGGAUAUCUUAAAAUAA